AGUCUGAAUAAUAUAUGGCACAUGUAAAUAGAAGGAAUAACAUAUCGAUAGAGUUUGAUACCAGUUGCGGGUUUUCUUUUUUUUGUAGGUUCAACUUCCACAAAAAUAUUCCCUUGAGAAGGUCCCUCAAUACCAGAAGAUACAGGAUAGUUUGUGUAUAGCAUGGGGUAACAAAUGUUCGGAGGGCAUACUGAAAGGGAUUCCAAUUACAAUAUGGCUCAAUCGUCAUUUUUCAGAGAGGAUUCGGUGACGUUGGAGCUAUUUAUGAUCGACAGCUUGAAUCCAUGGCUAGUCGGUCGGUACUUUCCAGCAGUUGGGGUCACUGAGAAAUUCUCAAUGAACCUCCACUGUCCAACGUGCAGUUUCUUAACACGACCAAGGAAGACUCUUUUGCAGGAAAAUCGGGUCGAUGGAGUGUAUACCAAGUCCUGUAAACCAAUGAUAAAGGUCCAAAAGAUAUCGUCUCUUUCACGUGCUGAAAAGCUAGAAGAUGAAACUGGUAGAAGAGUGUUAUAUUGAAAACGAACUAAUAUAGAUUUGGAAUUAUAAAUAAUAUCAAAUAGUGAACAGGAAGUGAAAGGUGAUCACAGAAAAUAUGAGGUAAUAAUAAGAACAAACUGAUGUAUUAUGUAAGUGAAGAGUUGUACCUUUGACUCAUAAGAAAAUUAUGAUUUUGGGUAACA